AUGUCCAAAAAGGAAGCAAUAUCGACACCUCGAAAAAGCAAGAAGGCUGAAGUUGUCAUUGAGGGGUGUGUGACAAUCGGGUCGAAGCAAUUGCUACCGUCGGCCCUGGAUGAAUCAAGACGUGAACAACUUUCUAAGCAGUUUGACGAUAUCAUCGAGGCCCAUGUGGCCAUAGAUGGUGGGAUUGCUGAUCCGGUCGCUGCUAAGAUAAAGGAGCUGCCUACGUUAUCCGUUGGGUUCAUCGCUCGAGCCAUGGGGCUCAACCUGUCAAACGAUCAGGUGCUUAGCUUGGUUGAGAUGGUGGAGGAGAGAGACACUGUUUCCAGGGGUUGUGUGCCUGUGGGUCCAUUGAAGGAGAUAAUUGUGGGAGCGCUCAUGAGCGGCGUAAUCACCCGUCAGGAUUCUGUAGCACCAACAAGUAACCGGAAGAAGCGCCACAGUGUCUCGGAAAACCGUCCCCUGAUGCACGUUUCGCGCGACAGCGAAGAGCUCAUAUAUGCAGCUUUCCGAACUCUGGACGUCGGUAAUCGUGGCUACAUGGAAGCUGAGGAAUUGCGCCACCUCUUUCGCAGCGGCUUGGAGCCAUUCACUGAUGAGGAAAUGGAAAAUAUGAUCGCGGCAGCCGCCGAUCCACAGAAUGGUCUUAUCUUCUACGAGGAUUUCGUCGACGUCCUAGCCAAUGAAUAG